CCCUAAGGAAAGGGUACUAAAAACAAACACAGUAGUGCUUAAAUGUAAUUUUUAAUACGAAUUGGCAACAAUUUAACCAAAUGGUUUAGCUGGUAAAGAGAGAAAACCCCAUGGCUGGUCUCGUUUCCAAACCUGUAGCUUACUUCCCAAUCCCACUCAAUUAUUCCGCCGUCUAUACUUCUCCCAUACCCUUUCUUCCACUCUCAGCUCUUUCGAGAAGCAUACAAACUGGAAGAUCUCGAAGACGAAGAAGAAGAAAACUGCUUCAAAUCACAUUCUUUUGCAUACCCAAUUCCCAAUAUGCUGAACUCGUCUCAACCCAUGAACAUGAUGAUGGUAGUUUCCUAUUCCGGUUCGGGGAUCUGGCAGAAGACAGUUGGUUGGUGGAAGUGGAUAAAAGAAAGGAUGCGGAAGAACUUAAUGUGGUUGAGGGAAAUAGGGAGAAAGAAGAAGUUGUUGAGGAAGUGGAACGGAAAGAGGGCUUCUUAACUUAUGCAGCAAAUGAUACUAAUGUGUCUGAGUCAGAACUAGUAAGUAGGAGUAAGGGCAGCUAUAGUAUUUUAGAAAGAGGUAUUUAUUCAGACGAGGAAUUGCUCGAAAGCUCCUCUAGUCACCAAACAAGAGGAUUUCCAGACUAUUCCAAACCUCCAAAUAAUGGAAAAUACAAUGCGUAUGAUAAUGACUGCAUUGAGCCUACAGAAGUAUCAUCAGGCCAUGGAAUGGCUGGGGUGGAUUUCAAUGGAGAAUCUUUAACCAAUAGUGCCAUUCAAACGACAGAGUUGGUGCUUUCAUCUGGUGCUGCUUUAUUUCCACACCCCUCUAAGGUGGAGAGGAUGCAUAUUUUGUGACUGAUCAGAACUGGCUAGGUGUAGCUGAUGGAGUUGGUCAGUGGUCCCUUGAAGGUAUUUAUCCAGGGGUAUAUUCCAGAGAACUGAUGGAGUGUUGUGAAAAGCUUAUAUUGCAGUGUGGCGGUGAUUUAGGAAUUGGCCCUAAGGCAGUUCUUGAAUUGAGCAUGGAAAGUGUAGAGUCCCCAGGUUCUUCGACAGCUUUGAUUGCACACUUUGAUGGUCAGGUUUUCCAUGUGGCCAAUAUUGGAGACUCUGGAUUUAUUAUCAUAAGGAAUGGUGUGGUGUUUAAAAUGUCAUCCCCAAUGUUCCACACAUUCAAUUUCCCUAUUCUAAUUGGAAGCGGUGACAAUCCCUUUGUAAUUGUGGAGGAAUACAUGAGUGAGUUAGAAGAGGGGGACAUUGUGGUCACUGCAACUGAUGGUCUUUUUGACAAUUUGUAUGCACAAGAAAUAGCAUCAAUUGUGAUCAAUUCAUUGAAAGCAAAUAGAACACCCAAGGUGCCUGCAUUUAUAUCUUCUCACACAAAAGCCUUUCAUGAGAACUUUCUUUUUCUUUUUAUGCAUUAAAAGCUGAAAUAUACUCCGUAUAUCAACAACAUCCACAACAACAUCCAAACCUUAUUCCCAAUAUAUAUAUAUAUAUAUAUAUAUAUAUACAUAUAUAUAUAUAUAUGUAUGUAUGUAUAUGUAUGUGUGUGUGUGUAUACACAUAGAAAUUCUCAGGUCCAGCAGCCCCCGGUCCGAAUGCUGUCCGAACACCGCCGUUUGGGCCGGUUCCCGGUUGAAUUUUUUGAUGAAAUUUUUGUGGUAUGUUGUUCAUCAAGUCUAGUUUAUCCACAAAAAAUUUCAGCUCAAAAUUCGUUCGGGAAGGCAUUCAAAUCAUUUUUUGAUGUUGACUGCGUUUUUCUAUGUACAAUUUUGCGCAGUUAACUUCAACAAAUUAUUUGACUGCCUUCCCGAUCGAAUUUUAAACUGAAAUUUGGUAUGUAUAUAAACUAGACUUGACGAGGAACAUGCUCAAAAAAUUGCAACAAAAACUUCCACCGGGAACCACCCAAACGGCGGUGUUCGGACGGCGUUCGGACGGAAAGCUGCUGGACAGGAGAAUGACUCUCUAUAUAUAUAAUCUUCAAAGCAUUCUUGUAUGCUCUGUCUUGUCACAGGAAAUUGCAGAGGCAUUAGGUACAAGGGCGCAAGAGGUGGGAAGCGCAGCUUGCGGAAGGAAAAGCCCAUUUUCUGAUGCAGCCCAGCUGGCUGGAUAUGUGGGCCAGAGUGGUGGAAAACAUGAUGAUGUGGCUGUUAUUGUUUCUCUAGUUCAAAACAAUAGUCACUGACAGCCUGACAAUUAGGGGUAAUGUAAUAAUAAUAAGAAUUAAUUUCAGUUCCUACAAAUUUUGUUUCAAUUCCACCCUUAGUCCACGUUUUUUACUUUAUCCAUUUUUGGGACUUGAGUAAAUGUUUUUAAACCGUUUGUGGUCCUAUUCCGGGGAUAUUAACCAUCGGAAACAAUGCCGGAAGGACCAUAUAUAAAUGAAAACACAAUAGUCAUGUAUCAAAAGUGUACAAAGUAAAAGAUGCGGACUAAAUGUGGAAUUGACCUAAAAUUCGUAGGACAAAAAAUGGAAUGUAUUCAUAAUAAUAGUAACAAUAGUAAUAAUAAAACUAACUAUUGUCUUAUUUGGGAAGAAUGCUUAGUAGUACAAAUUUAUUUAUUCAUUAAAGUAAAACAAUUACUAUGCUUGCAGAAUGCAGAGUGACAUAGCCAGGAUAUAAAGU